AUGAUGCGCAAACAAGAAGAUGAUGAUUUUUACAGUCCGAUAGACCUCAAUCACAUUUUUCAUGAUGAUGACAUCUUAAAUGAAUGGACAAUAGAUAAUGAACCACUAGUUUUAGAAGAUGAUGAUUUGACAUGGUUAGAUCAAGCACUUCGAGUAUCAGAUGUUGAAGAACACAAAACAACUCCAAGCGUUCAAAGUCAUUCAAGAAAGAAGGAUAACGUAGAAAAGUCAACACAAUUGAAAGGAAAAGAAGUUUUAUCAAGAGAUGAUAGUGAAGAUGGUGAUGAAAGUGACGACAAUGAUGAAAGUGAUGAUUCAAAUGAUGGAAAUAAUCAACAAACUCAUAGUGAACGUCAUGUUCAUCAAAGUGAUCAAGAUGAUCAACAUGACACAGAAUCUGCCGAUGGCAAUGAUAAUGAACAUUCGAUUGGAUCUUCACGACAGCAUAUGAGUGUUGAAGAACAUAUGAAACAUUUGCUUUUGAGAGGGAACCAACAAAUUCCACUAAGAGAUUAUUAUGGAUCAAGAAGUUAUACUUGGGAGUCUCAAGAUAUUGGGCAUGGUCCAAUUGGAUAUCAAUUAGGUGGAUAUGAAUACUAUAGUAGCAAUCAACCCAGAUAUGAUUCAUUUGAUAGAUCAUCUGAUUAUUUACCAUCCUAUACAAGUGCAGUUAGACAUCAUGAAUCUGAGGGUUAUUUUGAUAAUGCACGGGAUGUAAUUCCAGAUUAUUCAACGUCUCUUGGGAGUAAUAUUGGACACCAUAGUUGCGAUCGUGAAUCAUCAAGUGGUAUUGGUAGUUCUAUUGGCUCCGGCACCGGCGAGUGCGCCGUCUGCCUCAGCAAAUUCCGACCGGAGGAGAGGAUACGGCUACUGCCAGAUUGCCUCCAUGUCUUCCACGUAGAUUGUGUCGACGCUUGGCACCAAUCCAGCGCCAACUGCCCACUCUACAGGGAAUGUGUCACCACUCUAGUUCCCUCGAUGGCUCGCCGCUUCGAUCGUGAAGUGGAAGGUGGAGCUGUUCAUGAGUCGAGGAGGAAGGCGGAGCUGUUCGUGAGCAGGGGAGACGAGUGUGCCCACGAUUCACUAGAAUUGUCAUGGCGGCUGUCGCGGACAUUGCCAUUUCAGUUCCAAUAUCAUUUCACGGAAUGUCGGAUUCAUGAUGUCUAA